AUGAUGGCGGAGGAACCGGCGAUGGAUUUCGACGACGGGGGCUUCGGCGGCGGCGCCGAGGACAACCUCUCCAUGCCCCUCGGCGACUUCAUGGCCUUCCUCGAGAGCGAGCCCGCCGACGACGGGGAGGACCCGCAGCCCGAGGAUGAAAUGCAGGCCAAUCAAGAUUCCUUAGAGGUGCCAAUGGACACGACAGGUUAUGCAAAUGGAUUUGAAAACCAUGAAGAAUUUUUGGAGGAUGAAGGUUUUUGGUCACACAUAGACCCUUCGCAAUACCAGAUGGAAGCAAUGGUUGAACAAGGAGAUGGAACCUUUGAUGACUCCGAUGCUAAGCCUUAUGGUUUGGUUGGCAGUGGUGAGAAACAGAAAAAUUGCUUUAAACUGACACUUUAUGUCGCACUCCGUAUGAUGCACUAUUUAUUUGAUCAUUUCUUUGCAGAUUUAUCUGGAAACUGCAGAACUACCAAUCAUAACAACCAACCUUUACCAAGGGACACAUUAAACCAUAUAAAUGCUGCUGAAGAAGCAAAUGCAUCUCCAUACGAAGUUCUGUCAAAUUGUUCAUAUGUUGGUGAGCAGUACUUUGGCAAAGCACAGGUCAAAGCAGAGAACCACUUAGAGGGCAUGGGGCCACCAACGAAUACUUAUUUGCCACAUAAUCAGUUCCCAGAGCAAUCUGGUUUGAGUGAAGUUAAAAGCGAGGAUACAGGGGCAAUAUUUGAUAACACUGGUCAGGCGGGUAAUCAAUUCAUACCAAUGAACACAUUCUCUUUUGACCAUAAUGCUGCUAUCCCUGAUAUUUCUUACACUGAGCUGAACAUUGGUGAGGCGACUGGAAGCAUGAACAAUGGCAAUAGCAGUUGCCUAACUGUACAGGGAGAUUAUCUGCAGGCGAAGUUUGGAGAAUGUCCCAAAGCAGAGUAUGGUUCUCUUGAUAUGGCUGGUGAAAUGUCAAUGCAUGAUUUGCCGCAUAACAAUCAGUCAUAUGAGAUGGAACAGAUCCCACAGAAUAUAUGUGAAAGCAGUUCGAUGCAGACAGGCUCUCCGGAUCAGUAUUGUGAUGAUACAUCUUUAUCAGGUUACUACAUGUCCUCCCCAGAUUCAUUAUCCUGUGAGCAGAUCCAGUCUGAAUAUAUUGGUUUCAAGAGUGAGUCUAGCACCGACUCUUCUCCAAUACCCUCAAGCAGAAACUCUACUACAGAGGAUGCUGAUAAAUACUUAGGAGGCUCAACAAAACAGUUGCUGAACUCUAGUUUAGUUCCUAUCAGCCACCAACACCCGUAUAGGAGCCUGACAGAUCAAAUGCCUCCAGCUUUUCAUGAACAAUAUGAUAUUCACAGAAGUGGCAACUCCUUUGCUCGGGGGAAUUUAUCAAGAAGUUGCUUCGGUGCAAAUGUCAAUGGUGGUUCUGAUUUACUUAACCUUAGUAGCCAUCGUGCUCCUGGUCAUAUAUUGCCACCCCAGGGAAUCCAAGGAAAACUAAAUAACUUUCAGCAAUCUUUGUCUGCAAGUCCUUUUGUUCCUCGAUUUGGCGGGAUGGCAUAUAAGUCGCAUGAUGAAAGGGCGACUCUACGACUCGCAUUGCAGGAUAUAUCCCAGCCAAAGUCUGAGGCUAAUCCACCUGAUGGGCUUUUAUCAGUUCCUUUAUUGAGGCAUCAGAAAAUUGCUCUGUCAUGGAUGGUGCAAAAGGAGAAAAAUGGUUCACAUUGCUCUGGUGGAAUUCUAGCAGAUGAUCAGGGCUUGGGUAAAACUAUAUCAACUAUUUCACUGAUAUUGACAGAAAGAUCACCAGUACCAAGGUCAACUGCCAUUAAGCCAGAGCUGUGUGAAGCUGUAUCUCUUGACGAUGACGAAGACGACCCCACUGAUCUUUGUUUGAAAAGGAGGUCACAGACAUGUAGCUCUGAAGUGACAACAAGCAUUACAGUUAAGACAGAGAAUCAUAUUGUAGAGAUUAAGGCCAGGCCAGCUGCUGGGACUCUGGUUGUUUGCCCGACAAGUGUUCUACGGCAGUGGGCGGAAGAACUGAGGAACAAAGUUACCAGUAAAGCUAAUUUGUCCUUUCUAAUAUAUCAUGGUAGCAACCGUACGAAAGAUCCUAACGAGCUCACUAAAUAUGAUGUUGUGCUAACUACGUAUUCUAUAGUAAGUAUGGAGGUACCAAAGCAAUCAAGUCCUGAUAGCGAUGAUGAAGAGAAAGGGAAGGCAGACAGAUAUGGUGCUCCUGUUUCAGGCAGCAAAAAGAGGAAGGCUUCCUCUUCUAAGAAAACUAAAAAGGCCACAACAGAGAAGAGUAACUUACCAGAGAAACCUCUUGCAAGAGUAGCAUGGUUCAGGGUUAUUCUUGAUGAAGCACAAAGUAUUAAAAAUUACCGAACCAAUGUUGCUGGGUCUUGCUGGAAUUUGCGAGCCAAAAGAAGGUGGUGCUUGUCAGGGACACCAAUACAGAAUGCUGUUGAAGAUCUCUUUAGCUAUUUUAAAUUUCUCCGAUAUGAACCGUAUUGUGAAUACAAGCAUUUUUGCACCAUGAUAAAAAUGCCAAUCAGCAGGAACCCAAUUAAUGGUUACAAGAAGCUGCAAGUUGUUUUGAAGACUGUAAUGCUACGUCGGACUAAAGCGACAAUGUUGGAUGGAAAACCAAUCAUUUCCCUACCGCCGAAGACCAUAUCUCUCAAGGCUGUGAACUUCACAAGUGAGGAGCGUGCAUUUUAUAACACCCUAGAAGCUGAAUCGCGAGCACAAUUUAAGGUCUAUGCAGCUGCUGGUACUGUUAGGCAAAACUACGUGAAUAUCCUGCUGAUGCUUUUACGGCUUAGACAGGCAUGUGAUCACCCUCAUUUAGUUAAAGGUCAUGAGUCUAGCUGGACCUCUUCAUUGGAGAGUGCGAAUAAACUUCCAAUGGAACGAAAACAAGAAUUGCUGGUUUGUUUGCAAUCUUGUUCAGCUAUAUGUGCUCUCUGCAACGAUGCACCAGAAGAUGCUGUCGUUACUACAUGCGGGCAUGUUUUUUGCAACCAGUGCAUAUUGGAGCAACUUACUGGUGAUGACAGCAUAUGUCCAGUCUCUAAUUGCAGAGUCCGACUUAAUGCAACUUCAUUAUUUUCUCGAGGCACCCUUGAAUUCUCGUGCAAAUCAACAAGUGAAUUCCAGUCUAAUGAUUCCUGUACAGAGAUGGUACAUACUGAAAAUCAAACUGGGAUUGAUUCAUCUUAUGCAUCUUCUAAAGUGAGGGCUGCCCUAGAUAUCAUUCUCUCAUUACCUAAAGUUGACCCCACCCAAAGUAGUGAUAGCAAAAAAACAAUUGGGCUUGCCUCUGAAAAUACCAAUGGGAUGAGUUCAGAAUAUGCUGACACCAAGACGACAGAGAAGGCCAUUGUUUUCUCUCAAUGGACUAGAAUGCUGGAUUUGCUAGAGGUUCAUUUGAAAGCUUCUCAUGUGACCUACCGGAGGCUUGAUGGAACAAUGUCUGUUGCUGCUCGGGAAAAAGCCGUGAAUGACUUCAAAACAGUUCCAGAGGUUUCUGUUAUGAUCAUGUCUCUCAAAGCUGCGAGUCUUGGUCUAAAUAUGGUGGCUGCCUGCCAUGUGCUUAUGCUCGAUCUUUGGUGGAAUCCUACCACUGAGGACCAAGCUGUUGAUAGAGCACAUCGUAUUGGCCAAACACGACCAGUCACAGUAUCUAGGUUAACUGUCAAAGAUACUGUUGAAGAUCGUAUUCUGGCACUCCAGGAGAAAAAGCGGGAGAUGGUUGCCUCAGCUUUUGGGGAAGAUAAAUCUGGUGGCGGUCAGACUCGACUGACAGUGGAUGACUUGAAUUAUUUGUUCAUGGUUUAG